AUGCAUCCAACAAGCGCUCCCUUGACCGACAUGGAUCUCUCCAGAAUCAAUAUCAUUAGGGAGAUUUCGAAGUCUGAUGCCUCUUCAAUAUUUGAGGUAGAUCUAGAUGGACAGCAGUAUGCAUUGAAGCUUUUCCACGACAACGGCGACCCUGGAUAUACCGAGGAUGGCCGCGAUCUGAACCGAUUUCGCUGCGAACUUAAUGCAUACCAGAAGCUCCUCACUUCUAAUGCCUGCGAGCACAACUUCGUUCCAAAAUUCUACGGCUACAUCGAUCGAGUGGAUCCGGCUGCAUUCCAUCCUUUUUUCCAAGAUUUCGCCCACGACAAGUUAAACCCGAGCGCAAUAUUGCUAGAAUACCUCCCAAACGCGGAGAAGUUGAACUGCGUGAACUACUCAGACGCGCUCUAUCCUCAGGCAAUUGAGGGUCUGAAGGAGAUACAUAGGGCGGGCGUUCAGCACCGAGACAUCUACCCCAGAAACAUGCUCCUUGUUCGUGGAAACCCAGAUAGGAUGGUCUGGAUCGACUUCGACGUUGCAACGACCUUCACCGACUUUGGACCUGAACAGCUGGCCAAUUGUGAGCAUGAAGUUAAGCUCGUAGAGGGACUUGGGGAAUUACUGAGAGAUGACCAAGCUGAGGGACUCCCCCCGAAUACAAAAUUCUAUUGA